CUGUUUCAAAAUAAACAAUUGAUUGUCAAAAGUUUGUUUUAGUAAGUACGCCGAUUUGCCUCACACAAAAUACAAAUAUUUCGUUAAUUGGAUAGCCCUUCAAACUCUCCAAUGUACUGUGGGCCAUUGAAAAGUGAUAAGCAAAACCCAAAAUAAUGGACCGUUGUCCUGGGCAAUAUUGCGGGCGGACUUUAUUUGAAAACGGUAGUUGGUCCGAAUGUGGAGCAUGCGAGCGUGGCUAUCGUGUAAAUGAAUCUUACAUUUGCUCACUCUGCCAAGAUGAAUUGAAUAUUUAUUCAUGGCUUUAUCUUGGCUUUAUGGCAAUGUUGCCACUAAUGCUACAUUGUUUUUUUAUUGAUCUUCACGCCAAGGAUCGCAAGUUUUCAAGAAAGCAAAUAAUUCUCACCGUGUGCGCUUUCACAGAGAUUACACUUUCAGCUAUUAUGGCCAUACUGCUUAUGGAUCCAAUGUGGGAAUUCCGUUUGCAAUCGUGUGGUGUGCGUAAAUUUACUGAUUGGUAUACAUUGUUUUAUAAUCCCAAUCCAAACUAUGAAACUCGUUUGCAUUGCACUCAAGAAGCUGUGUACCCCCUACAAACUAUUGUGCUCGUGUUCUACUUUCUAUGCUUAGUAACAAUGUUUUUAAUACGUCCAAUUGUUAGCUCCAUCACUGAUGUGCGCGGAAAAGACCCCAUUUAUGCAGCACUUUAUUUCCUACCACUUUUGACAUCCAUUCACGCCCUUGCUUGCGGUUUAAUUUAUUGGUUUUUCCCCUAUUUGAGUAUUGGCAUUUCUAUGAUAACAAAUGCCAUACAUUAUUCAGUCAAAUUGGACCAAACAUUUAAAGCUUUAAUACGCUCGUCAUUAUUAGAAGUGAAAAAUUUCGUAAUAAUUUGUGUACAUUGGCUUUUGCUGGCCUACGGUAUUAUCGCAUUGGGUCAUCAUUAUGCUUUUUUAUGUCUUAUACCAUUCCCCUCGAUAUUUUAUAUUCUAACGGUACGAUUCACGGAUCCAGCCGAGUUUAGGGAAGUCGAAGCACGGCAAACUUAGUAAAAUGUUUUCAAUUCUUGAAUUUAUAUUUAUAAAAUAUUUGUUUUUAGGCUAACUAUUUAUGUUCCACAAAUGUGUGUUUGUCAAUAUUUUUCAACAUAAAUCAAAAAGAAAAUUAUAAAAAAACUUAUUCAAUAAAAAU